AUGGUGAGCGGCAGAAAAAAGAUCAAGAACAGAGAAAGUACUGAAUAUAAAGAUUUAGAUAAGAGAAUCAAAGAGAAAACAAAAGAUGGGACUGUGCUUGUAGAGAUAGAUGAAAUCUUUGGUAGAUGGACGGAAUACAUAUCUGAAUCAUUCGAUGAUGUGAGAAUAGAUCUACCACGGGUCACAGAAUCGGUGAAAGGUCCAAAGAUCCUGCCCUCAGAAAUUAUGGAAGCUUUAAGGAGGGUGAAGAUAAACAAAGCAGCUGGUCCAGAUGGUAUAGUAAUGGAAAUGAUUGAAGCACUUGGCGAUUAUGGUAUUGAAAAACUGACAGAAGUAGUAAAUAAAAUCUAUGACGAUGGUGUCUUUUCCGAUGAGUUGAGUAAAUCCAUUUUCAUUGCACUUCCUCAAAAGACCGGAGCCGUGGAAUGUGAGCUUCACAGAACGAUCAGUCUUAUGAGCCAUAUCACAAAGAUUAUACUCCGAGUUCUGCUUCUGAGAGCAAGAAAUAGGUUAUCACCUGAAAUUGGAAAGAUGCAGUUUGGAUCGUCAGAGAUGCAGAUCGCUUCGUGCAGAUUCGUGAGAAAAGCUCUGUGCGACCGACACAUCGAGCAAAAGUUUGAAGGUUCUGCCCUGACAAAAGCUUAA